AUGAACGAAAAAAAGCCGGAUUUGUUUAUGCAAGAUUUGGAAGAAGAAGAAGAACAAUUCUAUGAAACAAUCGACCCAGCACAACCAUCGACUUCAAAUCGUUAUAUGCACGAAAAGUUCCACUACGCCGUCGCAGUGCCAUCACCGCCGACUUCAUCGAAAAAUCGUCUGAGAGCCCAGCGACAGACAUCGAAAGCAGUUGCAGAGGCGGCUAUCAAGAAUGGAAUGCAAACUGUCGAUAGGUCCGGUUCGAGUUUCGUCGUUCCCAUCACAAUGCAAGCACAUCCAACACAAUUAAACGAUAGAAUAUUGGCAGAGAAAGACGAUAUUUUGAGCCAAAGCACAGCAUUCCCAUAUUGUUGUUACUGUCACUCGAUUUUCAAAACGUGGAGAGGAUUCGAGUAUCACGUGCUACAAGUUCAUUUAAAAUACCGCCCAUUCCGUUGUUUUCAUUGUCAGAAAGAGAGUUUCUACACAGAAGAAGAAGGACGAUUCCAUUCGAGUACUUGUCAUCCAAAUGAGGAUAUUACGCUCGUCAAGGAGUUCAAAGCCGCGAAAGAAACCGAAGCACAAGAGGCAUUCAAGAGCAUUUUCCUUAUGUGUAGAGAUGGACCAGAAGUUACACGAGAAAGAGUGUUCCAAUGGGAGCAGGAGGCGUUUCAACAAGUAAUGAAAUUUCAUUAUUUAAAGUUCAAAAGACCAAUUGUAGUGACCAAAAAAUUACCGACAAUGUCCCGUGAGUCUCAAACUGAAAUGGUGAAUAUUCGAAUGAUGAUUCCGCCACUUAUCAGCCAUGAACACCAGACUCCGCCCAUUUUUCAAACCCCGCCCCCUCAGAAUAUAUCAUUGGGAGGACCAUCGACGUAUGUAUAUCAGGGAUAUCAUCAAAUGACGUCACAGCCACGUCAUCAAGUCAUUGGAAGACCGAGAAGAUCCACUGCAACACAACAUGAUGAGGAUCCAAGUGAUAGGGACAAGAGAGUCGCCGCCCUGAUGCUCGCUGUCACGUCAUCGAAUAAUCGAUAA